CAAGAUCGCUCGACAAACGGACCGACCGAGCAGAUGUGGGAGCCGAUUGCCGUCGCCUGCGAAGAAGCGUUGAGCGUCGUGGCGUGCAUCUAUAUCUUGCGGUGCUAUCCGCCGCACCGACAAGAGGCCUACACAUCUCACAAUGCGAAUCGGUCGGAUCCUCCGAGUGUCCUCCACCAAACGUUUUAUGCAGCCUGUGCGAUUUUCCUUUUCGCCACCCAUGUUGCCGAUGUCGUCAAGACAAGAGGGAACUGUUACUACUUCUUCACCACAUGGAACGUCCUGAUGCAGCUGUCCUUUUGGUGUUGGUCGUUCUUUGACGCGUCGGGGCGCAGCAGAGGCCGAGCUGUGAUGUUGGAUGUCCUCUGGCCAACUUCCAUUCUCGUCACGAUCGUAGUUUGGGCGAUCUUGUACCCCAUGGUUCACGCCAUCCAUGAAGACUAUGUCCUACUAAACUGGAUCAGCUACUGUCAGCAUGGCGUCAACGCCGUCCUGCUGCUCGUGGAAUGGACAUGGAGCGACGCGCGUCGUGUCGCGUUGAGCACAUGUGCAUGGAGCAUUCUGUUUCCAACCAUUUACGUGAUUUAUGCAUGGAUCGUGCAUGAAUCUGUGCACAUUACGUGGCCAUAUCCAUUUCUCGCGACCGAUCGGCCGUCCGCCCCAUUGUGGUACUUGUUUUUCUUUCUCCUUCAAGUGAUGAUGUUUGCUUUGAUCGCCGGCGCCGCAACCUUGAGAACUCGAGCCGCGAAUCGCAAGCGUGUUGACACGGUGGACUCCCUCGUCCAUUUGCUCGUGGAGUGAGUCCGAUCAUAUGCCACGUAAGCUUUUGUGCGGUACUCGACGAACGAUCCGUUCGAUCCAGGCCACUCCCAUCCUGAAGUACCAUCCUGAUACGUCGUCGUGGGUCUCUGCAUGACCACCAAUGAAUACAUUCAUGGAUGCUCACCUCCUAAGCUAACGAAUUCGGCCGGCGCAUCGCCCAACAUAUAC